AUGAUUUUGAAGCCAAAGAAACCAAAUUCCGCACAAAGAAAGGCCUGUAGGGUUAGAUUAUCCAACGGUAAUGUUAUUUCCGCCUAUAUCCCUGGUGAAGGACAUAAUGCACAAGAACAUAGUAUAGUAUAUGUGAGAGGUGGGAGAUGUCAAGAUCUUCCUGGUGUUAAGUACCAUGUAGUGAGGGGAGCAGGAGAUUUAAGUGGUGUAGUUAAUAGAAUAUCUUCCAGGUCGAAAUAUGGUGUGAAAAAACCAACGAAAGCAGCUGUAUAG